UGGUGCUGGUGGUGUUGGUGGCCGGAAAAACCCGCGUCAGUCAGCGCUAGGAGUGCGCCGGAUUCGUAUCGUGUCUCCGCCAGUGCAGGUGGCAUUGCCAGACUUCCGGGUUUUCCGAGAAUUCCUCUUCGUGUCUAAAGUUAUGCGCCGCGGAUUGUGCUUGUCGUCGACUGUGGAUCCAGCCAGUGGGGAUGUGCGGAUGUGAAACUACCAUUUUCUAGUUCGAACGAACAAAAGGAAACCCCGGACCAGGGGGCCGUGGCAGUGUGAACAAAGAUUUCAACUUCUGCUGCUGAUGUGAUAAGCUCCAGCCCGUCACUCAUCUGGAGGGAAACAGUGAAACUUUGCAAUCUACUUCACUCUCCAGUGCAGAGGAGAUCCUCUUAAGGCUGGUACUGCACGUGGGGCCGAGAAACGAGAAAAUCUGUUUGUCUAGCGUACGGAAAAGUUGAAAAAAGUGCCGAGAAGGAAAAAAGAAAAACUCCUCUCAAGGAUUAACGUGAAAGUGAGGUCCUUUCACGGGCAGGUUCAUCCAGUGUCGGUGCGUGCAGCUGUACCUGUUCGAUUAUCAAUUUCGCAACAAAAAAAGAAGUUUCCCAAAAACCGCCACGCAUCGCGUCAGUUUUGGGACAUCAGGUGGAACGGGGCUUCGUGCAACUUUUGGGUCCGAGACCGGCCAGGAAACUGUGGCGACAAGAGGUGUGACGCACUCGACACGGUAACGUGCAGAACGGAGCAACAGUGGCAGGAGGAGCGGAAAGAGACAAAGCUUCCUGUCGCAAAUCUGUGCCUUAUCAUCGCUCGCGUGUGGAUGAUUCUGCGCUUUCACCAGGACUCGACGACAUUCGCGACAUCCGGCGGAAUACGAAGAUCCUUUUACAACAAUCCGAGUUCGGGAGAUGAUGGCACUGGCAAGAAUGUAGCCAGCAGUAGACGCCAGGGACGUGCCACCGACCGACCGACCGGCCGACACAACAAGCACAGGAGCAGCAGACGGCGCAUCGCAUUGAUGUGUCCUGCCAGCCAGAUCUGGUGUAGCGCGGAGCAGCCGGAAUGCACGUUACAGGUCGGUGCGGUGGGACGUGGCCACAUGCCACGUCCGGGAAAUUCCUCUACAUAAACAUUCUGCUCGCCCUCGUUCCACUGCUGUUGCUGCACAAUGCCAUGUUUGUUGGCGGUGUACUGCGUAAGGGCAGACUGGUGCUGCCCGCCUCCUACACUGCGUUCGGGGAUGAUAUGGACAUUCAGCUUCAGCAUAGCGCACCGGAGGCGGCGGAAUUGGCGACAGUGGGCCGGUUGAAGCUGCAGAUAUCGCGACACCUAGCCGAUGGUACGGUGUCGACCACGUCGUUCGACAUCCGACGGUUGGAUGUGAAUCACAACGUGACACAGAUCAAGGUUCCGUGCCAUCACUUUCUGCACGGUGGUCAGUAUGAGCUGGCGGUACUGGAGGAUAACCAAUCGGCCACACGCUCAGUGAUCGAUGAGCGGUUACGCCAGACGUUGACCGUUAGCUGGCCAACGGUCCGGCUCACCAUCACACCGAACCGUACGGAGACGUACCCGGAAAAGCAGCACCCGGUCCGCGGUCUGCUCGAGUUUGAUGGAGUGCACUGUCCGCUGCCGUUGAAUGGCGUCGAAAUGCUCGAUCUACCGGAGCUGUGGUUGGAGUUGUUUUACUGUGGCAAAUCAGCGGACUCCUGCCGGGAUACGAAUGGUUCCGUACACUCAAAAGCGCAGGUGCUGUAUACGGAGCAAGUGCGAGGGCUACGACCGACCCGAGAGAUCCAGUUCCAGUGCAAUCUGUUCGGGUUGGCAGGAUUCUAUGCGCUGCAUUUAAAGCCACGCGAUGGAGUGAUUGACCCAUCGUUGGCACCGUUGCUGGAACCGCGAGCCAUACUGCAAGCCGAUUGGAGUAAAAAGUACGUCUUCACCGUGCACACCAGAAGUAUCUUUCCCUGUGAUCCCCAUGGGCAAGGCAUACGCGUCAUUUUCCAGUAUCCCGAAUGCAUACUGAACCAAGCGGACCGUGUACGGGUGUACGCGAAACUCCGGGCCGACGUGAUGGCCCUAGUACCACCCACUUCCCUUCAUUACAUCUCGGAACAACGCGUCACCAAAGAUCAACACUUAAUGGCGUUCGAGUGUGAUCUGUUCUACGAAAAAUUCAUCGAGUAUUGCUUCGUCUACGUGAGCCAAGCGAUCUCGGGAGCCGUCGCGGACAUUCGCAUGGACUGUGUGCCCACGCUUCCCGUCUCAGCCUCUGAUUCCGGUGGAUGGGGUCCGUGGAGUAACUGGACGCACUGCUCGACAACCUGUCGAGGUGGCAUAAGGAAUCGUUAUCGAUUUUGUGACUCACCUCCGCCCCGUUACGGUGCCAAGUUCUGUGAGGGUCCUUCGGUGCAGACGGAACGUUGCGGUCUGGAGAGCUCAGCCGAUUCCUGGGAGUGCAUGUUCAGUCCUGCGAUUGGUAAUCUCAAUCUACCGCUGGAGAUCGAGG